GAAGACCACGGCGAGCAGAAAACGCGAAGUCAAUACAGUAUAGCAUAGCUAGUUAGCUGGGGAAUUAGCAUCUUCGUCGUCGGCCUUUUUGUACCCACCGAAACAUCAUCAACCGUUACCAUUAACAACAACAACAUCUAUGUAGUAAAUUGGCCAACUCUGUUUUUUGUUGUUGUUUUUAAUGGCGACCAACGGCUACCACCAGCGCAACGAUGACAGCGCGGACGACGAGGACGAAACGCCCACGAAGAAGCAGCCGCGCUCCGACAAAGACGUGACCGGCUCAGGCUGUCUUCUCCGGAGCGAGGCCGACAAGGAGGCGGCGGCGGCGGCGGCGGCGGCCGCGCCGGCUGGACGUGGUCGCUCUCCCCGCCGCGCCUCCAACGCGACGGCGCGGCUUCGCAGCGACUCGGUGAAGAAGAGCAGGCCGCCAUUCCCCUGGUUUGGCAUGGACAUCGGCGGCACGCUGGUCAAGCUGGUGUACUUCGAGCCCCGCGACAUCACGGCGGAGGAAGAGCAGGAGGAGGUGGAGAACCUGAAGAGCAUCCGCCGCUACCUGACGUCCAACACGGCGUACGGCACCACCGGCAUCCGCGACGUGCACCUGGAGCUGCGCGACCUGACGCUGUGCGGCCGCACGGGCAACCUGCACUUCAUCCGCUUCCCCACGCACGACCUGCCCACCUUCCUGCAGAUGGGCAGCAGCAAGCACUUCUCCAGCCUGCACACCAGCCUCUGCGCCACCGGCGGCGGCGCCUAUAAGUUUGAGGACGACUUCCGCACGACGGCCGACCUGGAGCUCCACAAGCUGGACGAGCUGGACUGCCUGAUCCGCGGCGUGCUGUAUAUCGAUGCGGUGGUCUCCAGGGGCCCGUCCGAGUGUUACUACUUCGAGAACCCCGCCGAGCCGGACCGCUGCGUGCAGCGGCCCUACGCGCUGGAGAACCCCUACCCGCUGCUGCUGGUCAACAUCGGCUCCGGCGUCAGCAUCUUGGCCGUCUACUCGGAGAACAACUACAAGCGCGUUACCGGGACCAGCCUGGGCGGGGGGACCUUCCUGGGCCUGUGCUGCUUGCUGACCGGCUGCUCCACCUUCGAGGAGGCGCUGGAAAUGGCGUCGCAGGGCGAGAGCACCCGCGUGGACAAACUGGUCAGGGACAUCUACGGAGGCGACUACGAGCGCUUCGGACUGCCGGGCUGGGCCGUGGCCUCCAGUUUCGGCAACAUGAUGUCCAAAGACAAGCGCGAGUCGGUGUCCAAGCAGGAUCUGGCCAGGGCCACGCUGGUCACCAUCACCAACAACAUCGGCUCCAUCACGCGCAUGUGCGCGCUCAACGAGAAUAUCGAGCGUGUGGUUUUUGUGGGCAACUUCCUGCGUGUCAACACGCUGUCCAUGAAGCUGCUGGCCUACGCCAUGGACUACUGGUCCAAAGGUCAACUCAAAGCGCUCUUCUUGCGCCACGAGGGUUACUUUGGGGCCGUCGGAGCUCUGCUGGAACUGCUCCAUCCGUCCUGAAGCAGCCAAAAAAAUAACAAAAAAAUUCAUGGACAAAGUCAACCUGCUCCGGAGCAAAACAAAAUGUUGCACUUUAAAAUCUUUACGGUACAGGAUCAUGAGGCGCUUCCUCUGUGCUCUCAGGACGGCCUACCGACGGACUCAGAUCCAUUUUUAUUAUUAUUGUUAUUAUUAUUUUUUUUUUUUUUUUUUUCAAAAACUGCAGCCUUUGCAAUUUUAAAAGCGCUUUCUACUCCAUUGCGAUCUCGAUCCGAAUUUGAUCAGUGGUUCCAAACCUCGAGGUAAUGGGAUUACAUUAGCUAACCGAAACCGCUGUGGACGCGGCAACAAUUAGCAUUCCAAGUGAUCGCUCUACAUUUUGGUGCGGCGCCAGCAAAUAAACGCCACGCCGCGCCCCAAAUGGACACCUCCCAAAACGGGCAGUAACUCACAGCCUCACAAGGAGUAAACUACUGAGCCCAUUUGAGCUCUUGCUAACCAAAACAACGAUGCAGACUAACGUCAUUAGCAUCCAGGUCAUGGCUGCAUCAUGUUGCAAGCCUCCAUGUUUAUGUUACACCAAAAAAAAAAAAAAAUCCAACACCUUGAACCAAAUAGACUCCGCCAAAGCAAAGUACGAACUGUAAUUAUCUCCGUAAGCUAUUUGUCCUCUCUCGCGAACCCAAACGGUCGCAGAGAAAGCGUCUUUAGCGUCCCAAGUAAUUGCUGCAUCCUGUUACAUGUUUAUGCCUCGACCCAAAUAGACCUUCCAAGCGGGUCCUAACUGCAUCCUUCUUCGGAUUCAGUCGUCGUCUGUUGCUAACUAACUUGGCGAAGGCACGUUUGUUUCUAAACACGUCCGUUUUGUGGAUGUAUGUGGUCCCAGGAAACAUUAUGAAGUGCCUGCCAUGUGACAAUC